UAAGGAAACUGCAACCAAAAGAAAGACCAUGGCUUUGGAAGGUGGAGUCCAGGCCGAGGAGGUAGACGCUGUCCUUGAUCAGCUCACGCCUCCCCAGAUGUAGGAAGCCGGCCGGGCAGCCAUGGAGUGGCACAAUGGCACCAGCCAGGCUCUGGGCUCACCGCCGACCAAUUGCGUCUACCGAGAGAACUUUAAGCGACUCCUGCUGCCCCCUGUGUACUCAGUGGUGCUGGCGGCCGGCCUGCCGCUGAAUAUCUGCGUCAUCGCCCAGAUCUGCAUGUCCCGUCGGGCCCUGACCCGCACGGCUGUGUACACCCUGAACCUGGCCCUGGCCGACCUGCUGUACGCCUGCUCCCUGCCCCUGCUCAUCUACAACUACGCCCAAGGUGACCACUGGCCUUUUGGCGACCUCACCUGCCGCCUGGUGCGCUUCCUCUUCUACGCCAACCUACACGGCAGCAUCCUCUUCCUCACCUGCAUCAGCUUCCAGAGGUACCUGGGCAUCUGCCACCCUCUGGCCCCCUGGCACAAGCGUGGGGGCCGCCGGGUUGCCUGGCUUGUGUGUGGCAUCGUGUGGCUGGUUGUGACGACCCAGUGCCUGCCCACGGCCUUCUUCGCCGCCACAGGCAUCCAGCGUAACCGCACAGUCUGCUACGACCUAAGCCCACCUGCCCUGGCCACCCGAUACUUGCCCUAUGGCAUGGCCCUCACGGUCAUCGGCUUCCUGCUACCCUUUGCCGCCCUGCUGGUCUGCUACUCCUGUCUGGCCCGCCGUCUGUGCCGCCAGGACUGCCUCGCGGGGCCUGUGGUCCAGGAGCGGCGUGGCAAGGCAGCCCGCAUGGCUGUGGUGGUGGCAGCUGCCUUUGCCAUCAGUUUCCUGCCUUUCCACAUCACCAAGACAGCCUACCUGGCAGUGCGCUCCACGCCCGGUGUCCCCUGCCCCAUUCUGGAGGCCUUUGCAGCCGCCUACAAAGGCACGAGGCCCUUUGCCAGUGCCAACAGCGUGCUGGACCCCAUUCUCUUCUACUUCACCCAGAAGAAGUUCCGCCGGCAGUCACAUGAGCUGCUACAGAAACUCACGGCCAAGUGGCAGCGGCAGGGCCGCUGAAUCCACUGGGGCAGGACACGUGGGGCCCGAACAGCCAUAGUAUUUACCAUUGUGGCCAGGACACAGGAGCCUGAUCAACCCUAAAACAUACAGAGAAUUAGAGCUUAGCGCAGCUGGACACGGAGUGAGGUCCCCCACAGACCCCAAAAUCUCACCAGCUACUUUGGGACCCCUUCCUCUGGACCAGACCCUUCGGCCACAGAGACAGACAAACCAGAGCCUGGCUCUCCAGAAGGUCCCAGUCAGCCACGGAGAGUUGGGCAAGCCAUGUUAAGCUGCUCACAAAAAUAUAGCGUGAUGUGUUCUGUAACCGAGGAAUAUGCUGCCUGCUUUGGAGUCAUGGGAGCGAGGGAAGAUGGGAGGAGGAAGUGACAGCUUCUGGGAAGAGGCAUUUGAGCUGGGUUUUGAGGGAUGAACAUGAGCUGAUGUGAUGCUCCAGUUGUUCAGCAAACCUUUACUGACACCUUGUGCUCGGGCCUGGGUCGGUUCUGGGGCCUCGAAGGAACCAGCCCCUGCCCCGUCCCACACCGGCUCCCCACUACCAGAGGUACUGACACAGUGAUGGAAGGGCCACGACCGAGGGAAGCUUGGCUGCAGGGAAGAAGUGCCCAGAGGGUGCCCAUGACCCAGUCCAAGGAGUGGGGGAGGGGGAGCAUUUGAACCAGAUGUUACAGGCUGAUGGGGGCUCCGCAAAUAGGUGGGAAGCAUGUUCGUGCAACCUGAGCCAGCCCUAUCCUAGGCUGUGUCCUGGAGCAGGUGGGCAGAGAGUGGGGUGGAGGGCAUGGAUCCUCCUGUGUGUGAGAGCUGGAACAGCAAGAGCUGUCUCAUGGCUACUCUCCAGAAAAUGGCAGGAGUGGAGGCUCGGCAGAAGGAGAAAUCAGGGAGUGCUUCCUGGAACAGGUGGGGAGAAAUCUAAAAGGCAUAGAAGGGAAGCCUCCUCCUGGUGAAGGCGCUGUGCGCACAAAACUCAGAGGUAGAGAUGUGCUGAGCCUGGCCAUAAAGCAAGUGAGUUUCAGUUAAGCCCAGGAGGAGUGGGGUGUCGAGAAAAGAGGCUGGGUGGGAGGGACCAGCAUUAAAUGCCAGGAAGAGCCUCAGACCCCACCUCUCCUCCACCUACCUCUUCCCGUGUACCUUCUUCAGCUCAGGGUACCCUCUGUGCCUGGGACACCUCCACCAGCACCCCCCCCCCCCAAGUUAGGGGAAAUAGCCCUUCAGCACUGCUUUAUUCUAAAAGAAGUAGGUGGCAUGAGGAGACUCAGAGCCACCCCAGAACCAUCAGGAGGUCUGGGGUGUGGAGGUCCGUGGUCAAGACCUGCUGCCCAGUCUCAGAGAGACUGCCCCCUGCUGGCUUCCUCUAUCCUGCCCCUUCAGCUCCUUUAUCCCGACCUGCGGGUACCUGGGAGGCUGCCUGGAGACUAUCUCAUACGGAAGCAUCUCAAACACACCCUAAACCUUCAAAACUCUUGGAAAGUCAUCCUCACCGAAGGUCCCCAGGAGGCAGCAAAGGGGAAUUAUACCAGGCAAGGCCCUUCUACAUCUUCCCCUGAUCUCUUCCUACGCACCUCUCCUCUCAGCCACACCCCUGCAAAUCCUCAUCCUCCCCGCCCUUUUUCCUUGGUUCUCCUCUCCCUCCCCACCCCCACCCCAUACCCCUCACUUCUCUAGGCCUUGUCCCCGCUGUGGAACAACCUGGCCUGCCCUUGGCUGCUG